GUCAACCGUCAGUUAGGAUGGAUUCGAAGUUACACUGGCUCCUGUUGAGCAUUAUUGCCUCAACCGUUGUGACUUGUCGCGGGGAAACUUGUCACGUACAACCUGAAUGCAGCUGUUCUAAAACAGAAAGGAGCUAUAUCACAUGCAGCUCAGUAUGCGGACCGUAUAUACCAAAGUUUGGUACAUCCACAGUGCAGUUUCAACAGUUAAGUGUAACUGGUAGCCGUGAAACGACAACUAUACGUGAUGGUACAUUCGGGGAGCUGAAAGUAAAAAGACUACGGAUUACACAGACGGGUAUUGAUGAGAUUAGCUGUCAGGCUUUUGCUGGACUAGACUUGGGACUGGAAACCAUAGACUUGUAUGGAAACUAUUUGAACAGCGUACCGAACUGUAGUUUGGCCCGGUUUAAAUCUGUCACAUACCUGGACUUGUCUAACAACCGUAUAACUUCAGUUUCGGCUGACAGUUUUGCGAGUUUUACCCUUCUCCAAACUUUAAGAUUGCAGCAAAACAGGAUAGCAUCCAUUGAACCGGGAGCCUUUCACGGACUUGGAAAACUGACUUAUUUGUCCUUGGAUGGCAACGAACUGGUCUACCUCGAUGCAUCAACCUUCAUGGGAGCGGAUUCACUGACAACAUUACAACUUUACAACAACAACAUUUCUUCUAUCCAUAUUAGGGCGUUUGAUGGUUUGGGGAAAUUGGCAAAUCUCUACAUGAAUGUAAACAAUCUGACACAUCUAGACAAUACUGUGUUUGACACGACGGUUAAUUUGCUGUAUUUGUACAUGGACAACAACGAUUUAACGGAGCUCGGAGGCACACUCUUCUUGAAAUCAAAAAUACUACGUCAUCUCUCUGCCAGGAACAACAAAAUCAAGAGUGUUUCCGAUGCGACAUUCACUGGACUGGAUAAGCUCCAGUCAUUGUAUUUAGACAACAACUGGCUUAAAGAUCUUCGCCAACAGUGGUUUACGGAUACCAUAACUCUGACGGACCUAAAUCUUUCCAGAAAUAACAUUACUGAGGUCAACAAAGGAACCUUUCAAACUUUGGGGAAUCUUACAGACUUGCGUUUAGGGCAUAAUGAAAUCAGGGUAAUCGAGAAAGAGGUGUUCAAAGGAUUGAGAAAAGUCAACACAAUAUUUCUGAACAACAACAGACUGACGGAGAUCAGAAAAGACACCUUCAUAAAUUGCCCGGAAAUUUCCAGGAUAGACUUAAGCUUCAACAUUAUCCAAGACGUGCACAAAGGUUCCUUUCGGAAUUUGUCCCGCCUGUAUAGAAUAGACUUGAGCGGUAACCGUAUCACACAGAUUGUCACCGGAACAUUCUCCAACGUCUCAGGACUCACCACUCUAAGUCUGAACGACAAUCGUGUUUCUUCCAUUAGCGAAAGAUUGUUCGAGAAUAUGGAACCAUCUUUGCGUACUUUGGAGUUAAGAAACAAUGGGUGGUCUUCAAGCUCUUGGAUUUGGUUUGAAAAAGUAAUGGUUAACCUGACCAGAUUGAAUACCCUGGAUUUAUCCAAUAAUCCUUUAUCCACAAUUCCCACUGAUGUACUACCCACCCUAGAGAACAUAGAUACUGUGAAGAUGAGAAACUGUAGUAUUCAGUUUAUAACAAAUGAUUCUGUAAGUAUAUUUAAUUACAAAUGGGAUGUCAGGGAAAAUACAAUAAGCACAUACACAUCCAUUCAAGGUGCUUACAUUGACGGAAAUGUUAAUGUUUCGCAUAAUCUAAUUCCAGCAUUAAACGUCGACGUUUUGAAAAGAUUCUGGUAUGGUGGUAUUAUAGCCGAUAACAACAAAAUUCAGAAUGGCUUCAAGCUAACAUUACAUAACCCUUACGUAGAUGGCCUUUCGAUUUCUUUAAAGAACAAUCUGAUAGAGGAAGGUAUUCAGAUUUCUGCGUUAGAUGAAACACCCGAUAGAGUUAGGGUUGAAAUCGAAACCCUUGAUCUUUCUAACAACAAAUUUACUAAAGUGAACCUAUUUCCAGUAAAACUUUUACAUCAGUUGUCUUGGAAUCCAUGUAACUCUUCCCUUGGUAGUGUAAAUCAGUUGAGAGUGAGAACACUGAACCUGUCUAAUAACGCCAUCUCUGUAAUAACAGCUGCCGCUUGCCUGGGAUCCGUUUACACCCUCGACCUUCGGAAUAAUCGCUUGAAGGUUUUGGGUGAUUUCCUGACCUCUACCAAAUCUCCAGGCUUCAGAAUGAACAGUCUUUAUCUCUCUGGAAACAGAAUCCACCGUGUCUCUCCGAAUGCCUUUGACGGCAUAACGAACCAUUACUUUACACUUGAUCUGCGGGAUAACAAACUGGUUGGUUUUGAGAAUAUCCAACCCAUUAUGGGAAAAUUCCAGUCUCUAAGACUGUCCCUAUCUGGUAACCCUUUGGUUUGUGGAUGUGAGAUUGACUGGUUAAGAAAUGAUUCAAUCCGACAAAAACUGGACUCCGUUCGCUGCCAAACUCCAAGAAGUGCCUUCAGGUAUCUAGCCUGGUGUUUUCCUCUUACUGGUUGCCAGGACACGAUGCCGAUGAGUUUCACAGCGGCAACCAGGAAGAUAUGUGAAAUGGAUUCAAACCUAGAACUUUCAAAUUUGUCAGUUACUGCAUCCAAGGGCAUUACUAACGUAACAUGGACGAAAAUUGGACCUGGAGUGAUAACUGGCUUCAGACUGGAAUUCCAUCCCGUUGAUGAAGUGGAAUCACGAUUUUCUUUCCUUGUCCACCAUGAUGUAAACUACGCUACUCUCACUAAUCUAGUGGAGGGUAAGACAUACAACAUUUGCGUGACCGCUGAGCUGGCUUCUCAGUCUAGAGGCUCCGUCGUGUGCAUUCAGACGUCCUUGUCACUGGUCGAGGCCUUCUCUGCUGGUCUUCCGCUUGUGGUUGGUCUGGGGUCAGUUCUGGGUAUUUGUGUCAUCAUUGCCCUGCUUACCAUCAUCUGCCUGGCGUGCAAGCAAAGUAAGAUCAACUUUUUCCAGCGAAAGAGACGUCCUGUUUCCUCACCCCCGGCUAUAUCUGAAAUAAACGGUCAAAAUCUGAACACAUACGCCCCAAACCCGGAACAUGAUAAAAGGGAGAGCGAUGACAACCUCUAUGAAGAUAUGAAACAUGAAGAAUAUGAAAACACAGGCUUCAACGCAUAAUGACCACACCUAACAAAUACUGAUAAGAACUGAGCAUCUACGUAGUGGUUUCAGACGCCGUCAGCAUACUAUUGUUUUUGUAGAUUUGACAAGGCAUUCAAGAUCUAUAGUCGAUGUUCAGAGGUCAUAUUGUCUCUCUGACAAGGCGGUAAUUUGCAUAUGUUGUCUUCCAGGGGGAUCAUAUCAGAUAAAACGUUCACUACAACAUUUUGUGUGGACAGGAAACUAUAUUCGCCAAAGGCAAGACUCUACUAACGUGUAUACCCUAUGCAUUAACAAUAUUUCCAGUGUUCAUUCGUUUUUUCUCAUGACACCCAUGCUUCCUGACCUACUUAGUUUAAUCUGGAGUUGUCUCAAAGUGGCACACCUCUGUGAAAGAAAACAGUACUCAAUAAACAUUUGGAUUUACUUGAAACUCUAGACGUAACGCAACUUCCCGAAUAACAACGACAGGGAUAUUUACUGUACGAUCAGGAUUUUCUCAAACUUCAUAACGCCAUUUUGUUAUUUAUUUAUUUCAUUUGAUUGGUGUUUUACGAGCAAAGAACGGGAGAAACCCACGGCCAUCCGAAGGUUGCUGAAAGACCUUCCCACUUACGGCCAGAGGGGAAGCCAGCAUGAGCUGCUCUCCAACUCACAGCGACCGCACUGCCGAGAGGCGCCUAGGUCAUUGCGCUAACCCUCUGGGUCAUGGAGGCCCCAAUGGAGGCUUCGUAAUAAGAAAACACAGUUGGAAGGCAAACUAUAUUCAAUAACACUAUUACAAUAUACCAUGGGCUUGUAAAAAAGGAAUUUGGAAUAUUCCCACUCUUCCCUUAGGAGAUAGACUCCUAAUUAAAAAUCUACAAACCUAUUAUAUAUGCAGUUUUAGAUGAUUAUUAUGAAUAAGAAUAUGUAAUCAAUGUACUUUUUGUAUAUCUACAGUUUUAUUCAUACCAGAUAGAUAUAUGUAUAAGCGUGUACACAUGCAUAAAUAUAUAGAUAUAUCUUUUAUUUUGUGGAUAUAGUGUAACUGCAUGGGUUCACUGAAUUCCACAGUGCUACCAUGAAUGUCGUUUCACGUGGCCUUAAGAUUUCCAAGCUUUAUAAAGCCAUCCGAAGAUAUUUCUCUAUCACAUUACUAUCACAAUACCUGUUACAACGACCAUGCUGCUGCUCAAUGUCGGAUUAUAAAGCAAAAGAUGACAUCAAGGACAAUUGUCAUUUAAAUCAAGGUAUUUUAAUUAAAAUAUUGUAUUACCACCCCAUGGAAUUAUAUUAAAGCUCUAUACGACUACAUGUAGAUACAUUUAAGUCAAUAAAUUAAUUCGUCAACUUUUAUCA